AAAAAAAAAAAAAAAAAAAAAGUAGUGGUUGUAUAUGGAUCCAGAACGAGGCUUCGGGUCAAAGAUGUCACACCAUCACAGUUCAAGCACAAGUACAAACAGCCAUCAUACAUCAACAAAUGGAACCAUCCAGCAUCAACACAACAUUACCGCUACUACUGUCAACAAUGUCCAUUCCAACAGUACCUCUGCCACCAGUAUAGACUCUACUCAACAGUCCAGAGCAAGAUCAUAUUCACAUUCGCAUCAUUCCGCUAGUCAUGGUCACCACACCUCUUUUGCAUUACCAUCUUCAGGAUUAACACCGAUAGGGGCUCCAUCAGCAGGAUUUGGACUUGAAACAGGUACGAGAGCAGGACUUGGAAGUAAAGGAGGAUUGUUUGGCUCAAAUUUCUUGUCAGCCCUCAAGAUCAACAUACAUCACCAUAGUCAUCAUCUGGAUCACUUUUCGCGCUCCAUUACUGCAAGAGUACGACGCUUCUUCAGGUCCAAUGGCGUGUUUCACAAUGCUACAGGAACAAUCCGCCGCGUUCGGUUCGGAGUCUUGUUGCCACUUGCUGCACUCGUACUCUGGCUAAUCAUUAUUAUCAACUCAUUCCUCUUCCGUCUGAUGUUUGGUGCAAGGGACGGUCGUGGAAAUCCCAAUGAGCCGAUGCAGCCCCCAACUUGGAUCGAUCGUGGUGAUAUCUCUGAUCUGGAUCUGCGGCCCACUGAGGGGACAAAUAUGACAACGGCGAUUCUGCUCAAUUGGUCACGUUUGGACUCUUUGAAGGAGAUUGUGGAUCAUCUAUGCCCUCAUAUAAUGUUCAAGGAGAUUAUGAUCUGGAACAAUAAAGUGGACAUUCACCUUGAAGAGAAGAUGUUUAAUUGUCCAAAGGUGCGUGUGUUCAAUUCACCCAACAACAUGUUCUUUGUCGCCCGAUACAUGGCAUGUGCAAUGGCUUCUUCUCCAUACUGCUACUUCCAGGACGAUGAUUGGAAGAUCUUUUAUCUCCGAUCAAUGUAUGCCAACUUCUUACGGUUCCCACAGUUCCUGCACACUGAUACUAACUCGGAUGUAUGGUCCUUGACCAACUGGCGCUGGUGCUUCUUCGAGGAUGAGGUCAACAUGCAUGCAUGUUUCUCCUGGCUCGGAACAGGGGCCAUGGCAACUCGCGAAAGUGUUGUCAAGUUCCUAAAGCAAUCGUCCAUAACGGAGAUGGAUCCUCUAGAGUUUGCAUAUGGAGACAUGUACUUUUCCACUUUUUUGAACCAGGUUCCAUACCAAUUGGAGAACUAUCUCAAAGAGCUGGUUGAUCCAGCGCAGGAUGUUGUGGCAUUUAGCAAAGGCUCGGAAGGAAAGACUAGAAACAAGCUUUAUAUGCACAAAGCCGCGCAGAAAGUUUGGGAAGCAUUGAAAAGAAAAGACCCUAAUUUUGAGCGAGAAGAGCUGCAUCCAACAUAUCUGGAACGCGAUGUACGGUCACCAUGCGCCGACGAUCGUUGCCUAGUGCUCUCUAAUAAGAAUCCAUUCCCAGACGUCAGAAUGUUUAAGUAUCGUCCUUACAUCGAUAUUGAGGAGAAUGAAAAGAUCCAUACUCAAUAUGAGGAUCCGACACCUUAUGUUCGCCAUCCUUUCAGUCAUGCUGUUGAUGGGAUGGAUGAUACAGCGUACAAGAGCACUCGCUCUAUUGUUCAGGGUGAUUAUAUUGGAAUCGACAUGUUAUUACCAGUGGACCGUAAGAUUGAGUACAGGCUUCUCUAUCAAAUGGGAGAUCAAUGGAUUAAACAUGCCAAGCUUGAAGUCGCAGGCGGUGAUGCCGUAUAUCGGGACAUUCCGUUCACAUAUAACUGCAAAGAAGUACGGAAUCCGGAUUAUCGUGGCAAAGUGUCACUUGAUGUCGAGCGCGCGUUCCUAAACCAGCCUUUGGACCAUCGUGUGUUUGAUGCCAGUGAGCUCGAGAAGCAUGGAUAUGGCCAGGACAUUGAUGGGGGCGAUAGUCGUAAUAAGAAACCCAUUUUAUCAUACUAUGAAGACUAUGGCUGGAGGACACAGUGUAAGUUUGUGGUUCAUGAAGCAAAAGGAUUCAGGUUCAUGCGGCUUGUUAGUGGCCGUGACGAGAGAUAUCCUUUUGUGAUUUAUGACCUUGGUUGGAAAGUAAUCUAGAAUUAUAAUAAAAAUAUGAUAGUUUUAAACAGUG